AUGAUCAAGAACACACCAGAGUGGGAAGUGAGAUUGACGAACCCUUGUUCCUGCACAGGCAUAGACAUAGUGUUGUCAUGUGACGGUUUCAAAUCGCUCACACCCAUCGACCGUUCGCAGAUAUCUGUAUCCGAUAAGGAGUGUUCGCUCAUCAACAAACUAUAUGGCGAAACUGACUUCGUUUUCAAAUACGUAUGGGCCAAAGAGUUUGAUAUCAAGAUCAAGUCGGGCGAUAUAGCUUGCUCUUAA